AGAGGUUCUCCCCGUGGACCGACCAGUGACGAGAUCCUACGCCCGGGCCCAUAACAGUACAGGUGAAUAAAUUGGCAUGAAUUACAGAGACAAGAUGAAAUGGUGGAAUAUUUCCUUGGUUAGUGUUAUGCAACAAAGCCCAGAUAGUUGUUGGGUUAAUCAUAUAGUGCAAUAUUUUAUUUGAAUAUUAAACACAAGUUCCCCUGUAAAUCUCCUGCAACAAAAAUAAAUGAGAGAAACAUUCAAACAGACACACAGACAGACAAUGAAAACGAACAUUGCUCACUUGGUUGGUCAAAUCUGAUUGCAGUAGGAGACUGCAGAUUGGUGGUGAUAAGUUGGAUGGAAAAUGAAGGCCCUUAGGCACUCCAUCAGGAGAGAGAUGAGAGAAGCCUAGUGGUUAGUGUCCAAUUUGAAUUGGUUGUUCAAGUGGAUACCUUGAUCAGCAAAUACUUCAGUUGAUGUACUUCUGGUAUAUUGGUUUAUAUACCAGGGCAAAUAUACCAGGGCCUGGGUUUCAGAUUUGAUGUACUUCUGGUAUAUCGGUUUAUAUAAUUUUUUGUACUCGUGAGAUCUUUACCUGUUUGUACCGUCUUCUCUCCAUCCUUUCAGGUACUCAGAAGUUUCUAUUUUUAAUUAAUACAAUUCGAGGUUACUGAUCAAAAAAGAAAGUUAAUGUUCUUAAUGAUUGAUAUUUAACAGUAGUUUUUUCAAUUUAUGUUUUUAUUGACUUGUACUCUUUCAUAUUGUCAGAUUGCAGCAACCAUCAUGCCAGAAGAUUAUCGACACAAAAGGUGUGGAUCCUCUGUAAUGACUGUAAUGAUACUACUGAAACAUUCUCACAUUAUUGGGAACAAAUGCUGUCAUUGCAAUUCCUACAACACGUAUGAUUUCCCCACCAGUUCUUCCUCGAUGACCAGAUUUUGCACUUCCAAAUCCAGUCAACUAGGUGCACUUCUCAUACAUUGGGGGAGGAUCGUUGAUGGAGAUGAGUCGGAAUUUUGCCUUGAUACACCAAAUAUGAGUGAUAAUGAAGAUGUUUAGUGGAUCAAAAAUAUUUGUACAUUAUGCCUAUUAAUAGUAAAGAGCUUUACUGAAGACGAAAUGUACUCUGGACAAUCACUGUUAAGUAACUGUAAAUUUCAUUUUUUUGCCUUUAUGGUGAUAUCUUUCACUCAAAACUGAUGGGCUUGUAAAUGG